UUAGAAGGUUUAGUAUUCCUGGAUAUCGCAAACUGUCGACACACAUGUUGGGCCACAAGUUGUUGCUCGUUUUGGUGGUGGUGUUCCGGUGGGUUCUGUUUUGUAAUGGUGAUCCGCGGCGCAAUUCGAGGUAUCGGCCACCGAGCGUUCACUUCGAGGCUUUCGAUCCGCGGGGCCUUAUCGUGUGGGUUCCGGAAGCCGGAGUCACGAUGUUUUCCUUCCAGGGAAAGCUGAACGAGCGUUUUUCCGACGAAGAUGACACCGGUCAUUGGGAUCGUACCGUUACGCGACCCAAGAAUGGAAGGUUUUCGAUCGUAGAUCGAAAAGUGCAACUCGAUCUCGGCGAUACGAUCUACUACCGAGUGGUCGUUACGCACAACGGUGUGACGUAUCGUGGGAAUGACGAAUCGUUUCGCAUCGGUCGCUACACAGGUCCGACUCCGGGAGGCGAUCGAUCAGGGAGAAACCCUACGCCGACUUCCACCUUUCCACCGUUCGUUUACAAAAAUAACGCGCGUAGAACGAAAAACGUAGAUCCGGAUGCAUAUGUCCCCAUGGGACCAUUCGAUAUGGAAUCCGGAGAGUACGAACCCCGUACCCUCAUAAGGACCCGAACCAUAUCGACGCAAACCAGUGCCGAGGAUUUGGACCACAAGGAGUGCGAUCGAGCGCAAACGCGGGUCAAUGGGAGAAAAAUUUGCGCCGGGAAGUUGAUAUUCGAGGAGCUGUUCAAUGGGCAGGCGCUAAAUGGCCAGAGGUGGCGCAUCGAGAAUCGGUUCGCCUCGGAUCCGGACAAUGAGUUUGUGGUGUACGCCGAUUUCGAGGAGAACAUACAGGUUCGCAACGGCAAGCUGCUGAUCAAGCCGACGCUGUUUGAGAGCAAAUUCGGUCCCGGUUCGACGAAUACCAAGUUCAUGUUCGCCUCGGAGUGUACCGGGCUGCAGAACUCCCGGGACUGUAUCCGGGAUCGCAAGAUAGACUUCGACAUGAUUCCCCCGGUUCUUUCCGCACAAAUAUCAACAUUUAAUUCGUUCAAAUUUUUGUACGGAAAAAUAAUCAUCCGGGCCAAAUUACCCAAGGGUGAUUGGAUAUUCCCACAAUUGUAUCUGUACCCGAACAACGAAUACUACGGCCGGGAUGAGUACGCUUCCGGUUUAGUGAGGAUUGCAUUCGCUCCCGGUGGGCCACGAUUGCGUGAUCAACUAUACGGUGGUGUGAUAUUGAAUAAUGCUGAACCGCUACGUUGCUCGAAAAUGUGUACUCUAACAAGAGCACAUAGCUGGACAGACGAUUUUCACGAGUUCGGCCUAACCUGGACCCCGGAGGGCUUCUACAUGGAGGUUGACAAGGAAGUGUACUGUCACAUCAGCCCGGGGGAAGGUUUCCACAAUGAGCUGAAAAGAUCUAAGCCACAGAUUGCUUACCUGUGGAAGCUGAGUGGCAAUCGUAUGGCUCCAUUUGAUAAAGAAUUCCACAUCAGCCUAGGGGUGGGUGUUGGGGGACACUACGAUUUUCAUCUGUUCGAUGAGAAACCCUGGAAGGAUCUGUCGGUAAAAGCCGUCAAUAACUUCUGGGCUGCCCGAGGAAAGUGGUAUCCUACCUGGAAUAGUAACAGUACCCUGCAAGUCGAUUACGUUAGAGUGUAUGCCGUUUGAAAUUAGU